AUGCAUAGUAUUGAUUAAUUGUUUUAUGGAGGAUUUGGUUCAUUGGUGGUGCUGUGCUGAGUCAUUGUACUGCUAUCUUGUGGUAAUAAGUGGAACUGAAUGACUAUCCUGCUCUUAGAAGCUGCAUGGGUGGAGAGACUGAACUCUUACCACAACUUCUGAGUUUUGAACAGCUGAUCCUGCGCUUUGAUUAAUAAUGUUUGGGGGGAAAACAUAUAAUGUUGACAAAAGAAAUCUAACAUUAAUGUCAAACUCUGAUGGUCAUGCCUUAGAAUACCUACACACAAACACUGACAGCUCUGUGUCUUGUAUGAAGGCACUGCAUCAGUAGUUCCUCACAGAAGAGAAGAUGUGCACCCUGUCUAUUUUUCUGAUUUUACAGCGAGUCUAAUAUUUUUCAGUCCCAAAGAAUACAAUUUUUAAACAGCUAUUGCCUUGUUUUUCAUUUGGAUGGCCAUGUUGUUUACAAAUACUAAUGGGGCUAUCAUUGGAACUAACAUUGAUCAGCAUCAGCAGAAUCCUCAUUCAGUAUGUCUAGACUUAUUAGCUUGACUGAAGACUCAGUACCUCAUUUUAAAUGGAUAUUGAGGACAAUAUGAUUGAACAUAAUGAUAAACCUAGGGUCCUGCUGAAUCACUAUAUUAAAUACUGAGAAAAACGUUGGUAUCUGUGAACAACAUGACCAUCCAAAUGAACAACAGGGCAGUAGCUGUUUGAAAUGUUUUAAUUUCAUCUGGUAUUGUAUGUUAUUUACAGACCAAUGGAGAGCAUACUUCAAGCAUAACUCACUUAAGAUUUAUGUGUGAGGCUUUUUUUUUAAUGAGGAAAGACAGCCCAAUUCUUCAUCAAAGCUGAUUAGUUAAGUAUACACAAUACCAUAACAUUGAUCAAAUUAUAAUAUUUUGUCAAAGUUAUUGUUACUAAUUAAAUGGCUGAAAGCAAAACAAUCAAGAGUUAGCUUGACAAUGCAUUCCAGUGCAACAGUCAUGCAGUAAAUACUUCUACUACUGUGAGGCAUAUCAUUUUUGUUAAAACUGUUGUCAUUUUAAUUUGAUCUUGCGCUGUGGUUUUGUUCACUCUCUGUAAUCUCUCUUUGGAGUGGGGUGUGACCUGAAGCAGUUGCGUGUGAGUGGGAACCAGAAACUGUAUAAAAUGGGAUCCAACUCCUAAAUAAAGAUCACGUGUUGGCUUGAGUUUUGUUUUUUACUGACGAGAAACACCGCCCUCCCGCGGAGCACGGCAGUAUGGCAAAAAUAGCAGCACUUCAGGACUAAACCAUUCACUUGACAACGAGGCCAUACAAUCAAAGAUUACCAAAAAUGUGGUGAAAAACCACUAAAGCCUUAAUAUAGUUGAGUCGUUAUUUUACCAAACACAAAUAAUGACACGUGUUCCUGUCCCAGACAUGUUGGUAAUAUUUCUGAGGAUUGUUUUGUUCCCCGUGCAUUGAUAAGGAGUGGUGCGGCCCAAUAGUAUUGAAAGCAAAGCUGAAAAAAGGUUUGUUUUCACCGAGAAGAAGAGGCGCUGCUGAUAUUCGCCGCUGCAGCACCGAUUUUUAAAAACGGUUGUAACGUUUAUUUUAUAUCUGGUUGGUUUUCGGACAGCAGUGUCCUUAGCUCGCCAUGGCUCUGUGCGGGGGUGUCGGAGCCAUGGCUUUGCCCAGCGAGCUUAUCGUCCACAUAUUCUCCUUUCUGUCCGACCGAGACAAGCUCCGGGCCUCUGCCGUGUGUUCACGAUGGAGGGAGUGUCUCUUCUACCCCGCGCUGUGGACCGAGCUCAAACUGCGAAUAGGUGGUGGUUGUAACACCGGCGGCUCCAGCUCCGAGGAGACCCCGAGACUGGAGUUCCUCAUGCGGAAGUUCGGUUCGUUCGUCCGUGAGCUGCAGCUGGAGCUCGCACCGGUGGAAGGCUACCUUAGUCCUCUGAACAGCGACCCAUCGUCCACCAGGAUGGACCAGCCUCCCGGUCCCGAUAACGACCCGCAGCUCUCCGAGCGAUGGAGAGACGCCAUGGCCACCUACUUGGACCAGGUGUUGUGUGUGUUCAGCAGCAUCCGCAACAACAGAAACCUGCAGAAGCUGAGUCUGUAUGGAGACACUUGUGUUCUCCAGCAGGAGGGACUAUUGGACAGCUCCAACCUGCACCAAAUUCACCAGGGAGACAAAAAGAUCAACGAAAUCCAGCAGUUGUUUAUGGAGUUGUUGUCUAACAGCAGGCAACUGAGGUGGUUGUCUUGUAGCUUUAUGCUGGGUCUGGUGACUCCCUGCUCCUUAGCCUGCCUGUCAAAUCCUUCAGCUGAGACCCUGCAACACCUCAGUUUACUAGACCACCAGCUGGGUCCCCUCAUCUCACCAUCAGAGUUGGAUCGACUAUCUAAACUUCAGUCUCUGGCUCUGGAUUUCUCUGAUUUGACAUCAGAGCUUUGUGGUCUGCUGGCAUCUCCAUGCCGAACUCCACUGCAUCGCCUCUCCCUGCUGCUGAACGGUGCCGCCCUGGAGUUCAAACCAUUAGAAGGAACAGCUACAGAGGACGAUUGGAAGGCACUGGUUCGUGUGAGUGCCAAUCUGCGAGUGUACAUCAUGGCCCUGGAAGUCGACAGCUCGGAGCUCCUCAGGGUCCUAAAGCCUAGCCUUCCUCUGGAGCGCCUCCACCUCGACAGUUACAGCACACUGGUGACGGACGCCACAUUGGAGCUCAUCUCUCAGCAGUACAACAAAACGCUGACUCACUUUCUGCUCCUGAGGGAUGACCCCGACUUCCCUGACCUCAGCGUCAAUCGGAACGAAGACCCGUUGGUCCUUUUGGCAUGGAGAUGUACUCAGCUGGCUGUACUGGUGAUACAUGGUUACACUGUAUGGUCCCAUAACUUGGUGGCCAUCUCUCGGCUGCGAGGCUCCAGUCUUCGCGUCUUGACCGUCUCUGAGGAGAGCAUCGACUUCGAUCCGGACCAGUCAGUGUGCAUGGAGGGCAACCCGGUCCAUAACCUGGUCAAGGAGGUUUCGCUGGGCCUCGGCCGUGUCUGGCACCCCUGCCUGGAUUCCAGCCUGGUUUUGUCCGAACCCACCCAGCACUUCCACCGCGAGAUGCACACCUUCAGUAUGGGCAUGUAGGCAGGGAAGGCAAAUCCAACUCAUCACAGGCUAAACUGUGUCAAGACCAGGCCAGACCAGCCAAGUGCAAGUCAGCUCAGACCUCUGAACCAGGCCAAAAGCAGACCUAAGUGAAAAAUCUAAACUGGAUCUUAAAACAAUCUAUAAAUUACAUUUAUGUGCGCUGAUUGUUUUUAUUUUACUUUUAUUUUUGUGUUUCUUUCAUCAGGGUUUUAGCACACAAUCGAGUUCUGUCAUUUUCCGAAUGAUUCCCUGUUUUCUCGCUUUGCCUCUUGAUUAUCCAGUGACUUGGAAAACAGAUUCAAUCUUUGAUGUUUUAAAUACAUUUUCAAGUUAAGGAUAUCCAAUUAAAACUGAGCAAUAUUCUAAUUAACAUUUGAUAUUCAUUCAGUUUGAAGUCAUACCAAUCUGUGAUGUUUGACCACAGACAAGACUUGAGUCAUGACCAUUUUUAAUUUGUCUGCUAAAAUGGGUCUGCCCUUGUGUCUGGCAUGGCCCAGUCUGGUCUGGUCUUGAUCAACAAGUAUUCAGAGCUCAAUGUCUCUCCUUCACCAUAAUAACCUCCAGAGCCUCUGUAUGAUGUAACUUAGAUUUGUUUUUUCCUUUUCUUUUUUGUUUUUUGACUGGUUUUCAUCUCUUCCUGCUCUGUGUAUAAUCUUGUUUUUCCUGUGUGGUGGUUCCCUUGCCUGUAUAGGCUUAGUGUGUAUUUAAAUACAGAUAUAUUAUUAUCCUUCUCAAAGCUAGAACAGGACAGGCAGGCGCGUUGAGUGAUGGACCGGUGGGAUUUAGGGGGGGGAAUGUGUGUUCCUACACAACCUACUAGCUUUAGUUGUGAAAGUAUUUUUCUUUUCUUUUUUUUUUUUUUAAACCUUUUGCUCUUCGUCAGUCUGUCUGUCUGCUCCACUCUCAAUCAAUCACUUCCUGGGUAACACAACCUUAGCUGCGUCUGCUGCUCUGAAAGAGCACCUUGUACACUUGUCCGCUAGUUCAAGAGCCUUGCCAGCAGGGUGGGAAUCUUUACUGUAAUGUGGCUGACUGUGUCUGCUGCUAAUCAGUUUUAAUGCUGUUUUCAGCAACAGCCAUGUCAGUGCUAUGACUCAGAUUUACGAUCAUUGUAAAGUGAGUGGCAUUUCAAAGCCAAAUGGUUUUAUUAAGGAUUUUGACCACCUCACUGAUGGUGUUAUGGAGAAUAUUGUUACAUGCUUGCAGCCAACACACUUUCCACCCUGCUCACUUGUCGACUUUUCGGGAAACCUCACUAGUCGAUUAAAUAUGGAGCCUUGUCUUCCCACUGACGUUCAGAGCCAAACUAUAAAAUUCAGCCUGUCACAAUACAACACACCCCUCUGUUUAUAUCUUUAGUAAGCUGGUUGUAAAUCUUUGCAUCUUUUUCUUUAUUCGGGAUGAAUAUAGCUGCCUUUGCUCUCCUCUAGAAGUCAAGACUUUCUGACUAGUAUCACUGGUUCAAGAGCCCUUUUGUAUUAAAAUGUCAAGUCAAAGAAAAGAACAGGAGUGCGCAUCAUUAUAUGAAGGGCUCUGAGAUAAAGAAAAUCUUCGUUAUUCUAAUGAGAAAAUAGGUCUUCAUUCCAUAAUACCAUAUGCAGUAUAUCUGUGUUUUGAGAAAUUUCUGUGACUACUUCUCACUUCAUGGUGAGGCCAUGCUAAAACAAAACCAGUAUUCUGUAGGCACAACUUCCUAAGGUGGCUAAUACCAAACCCAGGUUUUGCAGUUAUGCCAGCAAUUUUGUAGGAAGGAACUAGUUUUUCUCAUUGGUGGCUUUCUUGUUCUGGAGUAAAAUGUUUCAUGAUAAAGAACAGGGAAAAGAAAAGGAUGCACUGAAUGUAACUUAACUCCCAUUCUGUUGGUCAGUCAGGUUUUUGUUUUAUAUUGACAGCUUACUGUAUAGCUAUAUAUAUUUGCCACAGAAAUUUGGCAGAUGCAUAUCUUGCCACAACAGUCACGGCUGCUGAAUAAAUGAGUUUGGACGUUGUAGGUUCCGCUGACGGCCAAGACUGGUUAUUUUUUUGAGAAGUGGCACCUACAGCACAACAAGGUUUUAUGUCAUGUGGCGUAUUUCUAUGGCGAGAAUUUUCUCUGUCAGUCUCAGGUAGGCUUUUAACAUCACUAUAACCAGGACAGUGGUGGUGAUGAUGUCGAGUAAGGUGUGAAACAAUCAGUUAGAGUGAGAUAUUGUCGGUUUUUUUUUUUUUUUAUUAUUUCCUCUUGAGUCACAGUUGCCUUGGAAACAGCCCCUUGUUUUCUGGAUACAGUUGUUGUUAAUGAUGUUGUUUAUCUUGCCAUCUGAUAAACCCUCGCUCCGCCUUGGUUGGGGGGUCAGCAAACCUAAUCAUACAUUUGUUUUCAAAGAUUAAGGUUGAUAAAGACUAUAGAAUGGCAAAACCAAUCUGCUCACUGCACGUCUCUAAUAUCAGUAGAUGUUGUGGGGGACAGAGAGUGGCUGUGGAGUGGAAGAAAAUCCAUGCUGUCGAUAGAGAACCUGCUGGGCCAAAUUAAUUUCUGAACUGAAUGUAGUCAAUUUUCUGGGGUGAAAUUACUUCUGUCUGGCACAAUGGAUCUUGUCUGGCUGUGCAACUGGCUUGUUCUUCAGGCUUUCAUAAACUAGGGUGAAGGCUCAUCAUCGAAGCAUAGUCCCUUUUAUUGUCUGGUUCUAACUUUUGAAAAUUCCUGAGGGAAUGCCUUUGCCCUAAUAAAUGAAAUAAAUGUUGUUCAGGCUCUGUGGAAGCAUGUCAUGUUCAGGGCUAAAGCCAGCAAUUGCCAACCAAAUAGCUUCAUUAUGACAAGUCGAUAACUGGGCCAAGUAUGGUUACAUCUGAUGCUCCAGUGUUGUGACAGCUGUGGUACACAAGUGUCUUAUUGAGGCAUUUCCUAAGAGUUACCAUUGCAUUUACCAGGAAAAUCAAAGUUAGGUUGGGCUGUAGAGCACCCAACCUUGAUAAGUAAAUGCUGUCAACUAGCCAGUGUUUGGAAAGUUACCCUCCCAAAUGGCUUCAGCUCAGUUGUUGUGUACUCCAUGGCACUUUUGAGGUCGGGGCAGUGGCAUUAUAGACUGUGAAGGGUAGACUGUAGUUUAUAAGGUUGACCUGCGAUUUUUCCAUAGACUGAUAUGGAACCAGUGUCUCAGCACUUUGCUUGGUUCGGAAUUAAUUGGUCCUAGUGGUGGGCCUGUGGUUACCAAAUGUUUGCUCAUCUGUUAAGGGACCUUGAUGGUUUAGCCAUAAUAAUCUCUUUAGUCCUUGGUCCAUAUCUCAGGAUAAAUGCACUUUGGUACCAAAAGUUUCUUUUAAAGGCUGUCUGUGGCUGUAUAUAGAGCUGUACACUUAAACACUCAGAGGGGAUAGCAAUACCAACAUAACACAUUCAGACCAAAAUAUGUUGGUUUUUAUCUUCUCUUCCUCCUCCCCUCUAGUUUUUCCUCUCAUCUCCUUUUUUUAGAGCUCAGCUUUGCUCCUUUAUGUGAGAGAUUUAAUGUGUUACAGGUUUGUAUUGUAUAGACGUCACCUGAUAAGGACAGAAAAAUCAAUCUACUGUAGAUUCAAACUAGAUAGUCAUCUGAGCUGAGCUAAUAGAUUUUUACAAGCAACUGAUUUUAAAAAGCUGAUUUUACAAACUCCACCCUCACCCACCAUGUGUGCUUCCUUAUCCUGUCUUCUUAACUCUCCACAUGUUCUUGGCUUCACAUUAGAAGUCAGAUCUCACUGUUUGGCUAGUUCAACUUAGCCCUGUGAUUCUUAGGCUGUGUUUCUGCCCAGAAUAAAAGGAGGGGCUGUGGUUUUUCCCAGACAAUGGUCAGCUAGAGUAGGAUAAAAUUGUCAUUUAACUAUAAUAUUCCCAUUUGGAAAAUGUAUAAAGUGCUGUUCUAAUCAUGAAUUUCACUCCCAUACAGUUAUGAAAGUCCUUCCUAUAUGUAGGCCCCAGGACAAAUUCUUCAUCAAAAGUUAAUGUUUUGAUGAGAAAUAUUUUAGGAACAUUUAGGCCACAAACUGCAGAGAGAAAGAGGAAAGAUGAUGUAGACUAUGCGUGAGAGCAGAAAGGCAUUGCAAAACAAUGUCUUCUUUAUUAUUGCUUCUGUUGGUUUUUUUGUUUCUUCACCAAAACACGCCAAUUUUUUUAGUGAAGAUGGCGUAGAAAAAGCUCUGUGUUGUCGUUGAGAGAAGAGGUGAGACAAAGUUCUGCCUGUAAGGCAAUGCUGCUAGGCAAUUACUUUACACUCCAAUAGAGUUUAACAAAAUAGAAGACAAGCAUGGUCACAGUAUGGCAAAGCAUUUAGAAAACUAGUAUCAGUGGAAAAUGACUUGUCCCUGAUUUCUGUGCAUCAUUGUAAUUAGCUAAAUAUUGAGCCAUCUUGUGCCUGAAAGCUUCUGGAGUCUUACUGCUUUUCAAACCUCUGCUCUCCCCAAGUUAUUAGCUUUGUGUUGGUUUGUAGUUGUGGCUGUGAUUGUUAACUCACUAUUUAGGGAAGCAGCAUUAGAGUACAGUAGCUACAGUUUCAAAACAUGUUUCUUGUAAGCCUUUAAAAGUGUAUCCAGUAGAAAUGUGAGAAUUAGAUGGGAUGACUGUGUGUGAACAAGUUUACAGCAGUGCAACCGUCAUGUUUUGUGUGUGUGUGUGUGUGUGUGUGUGUAUUUAAGGGGGCUUGCUCAAGUUCGGCAGUGCAGUCUUAUCACUUCUACUGCAGCAGGAAACCGGAACAUAAAUCGUUCGUUCUCAGGGUACAAUCGGAGGGAAAGUUACAGUAGCUCAGGCCUCUAGCUCACUCAUAUGAGUAUUAGGAGUCACUGGAUCUGUUCUCCUCCCUUGAUGUGUUAUAAGCUGCCAAAGACCACAGUGGAACAAACUAAACCCAGACACAAGUCUAUCUGAAGUGCCCAUGUACACACACACAGGCAGGAGGCUGGUCCAGUAUUCUUUUCUGCUCUAAACCUCCUAGUACUUUGUAUUCUGACAUUUCUUUAUUUUUUUCCCUUUACUCUUAGUUGUUCCACUCCACUGUUGGUUUCUUCCACAGAACUCUGACUACUACCACUCUGUUUUUGUGUGUCCAAACUCUGCCCUUGUUAUACUAUGGACCAUACUGUGCUGGACCAGUUAAGAUGUCAACAGUGUCGUUCUGUGGUUUGCGGGAAAAGAGACCAAAGCAGACCUGUAAGCAAAGCAAAGUCUGGCCAGUGUUGUGUUAGUGGCUGCACCCUAUAUUCAGAGAUGUAGGAUUUCACACUAGCUGUGUAGAAUGUGUGUUAUGGAAGGCACAGUUGGACAUUUAUAUCCAACAGCUACUUAAUUAGGGUAAGCAGCGUUGGUGCACAACUUGUACAAUGUGACCAAAUUCCUAUCUGUGAAUGGCACUUGGGUCCAGUGCAGUGCAGUAUACUUCUAUAGUGCGACAGAGGCGUAAGCAGAGAGGUCUGGAGUUGGAUCAUGUUAACAAUAUUUGCUCAACACCAUAUCCCUCCCUUUUAUCCCUUUUUCCAUCACCUGUUUCACUGUGAGAAGUGAGUGAAUGUAAAAAAUAAAGGCGAAGAGGACAAGGAGUUUGGUUCAAUAUCAGAACACGUCAGUGACUAAACACUCCCUCAGAUGCUUCCAGAAUCUACUUUCUGACACAUUGUAGCUUCCCAGCUACAGCAAAGGCCAGUGUUCCUGAUCUGAUGGGAAGUGUUUAGUCUCGGGCUUUUGGAGCUGUAAAGUGAUUCGCUGCUAGAGAUCUGCUAGGAACAGGACAUUCCACAUGGGGGUCGCUCAGGCCAUCUGACUGGCAACAGUUUACUACAUGGCUAAAGGGUCUACAUGAUAAUUAGACUAUAUAAAUAUAUAUACUAUAUUUUUUUUACUUUGAAUGAGUUGGUCUGUUUGUUUUUCAAGGGAUUGGGGAUGCAGCUAGUAUUGACGGGUCACACCAGAUUACCAGCUGGUCUGAGCAGAGUUGAGGUGUGAUACCAUUUAGAAGUGGUUGUUUGAAGUGAGUCGCUCUUUCAAAGGUCGACUGUGUUUCUAACGUGCGUUUCUGCAAUGCCAAGCUUUGCUUUCACUUGAUGCUUCAGCAUCCUGAGGCCAUUUUGGGGCCUUCUGUGUCCGGUACACAAAAGGUCACAAAUGAAAGCAACUUAUACUGACUGUGCUAAAUAUAAGGACUAGCUACUAUUUCUAUGAAAUUAGUUGGUUUCACCCAUUCAAUCAGUCUGCCAGGUUAAAUAACAUCACAAUACAGUAAGAGGAAGUUAGUCCGCAUAUUUAGUAUACGCAUGAAUACACACAGAAGUCGCAGUAUGUAUUCUCUUUGGAUACACAGGGGCACCUGGAGUCUGGGCUGGACAGAGCUUUGUGUAUGGCUAUACUAUACUGUGUAUACACAGAAAGAGUAAUUGACACACAGCUAGCAGAGCCUUAUUUUUUUAAUGAGUUCAGCCAUUAAAAUGACAGAUUUGAAGGCUCUAGAGGUGAGAUUGGGUGUCAGUUAUUCAGGAGACCAUAACCCACAGUUACUAUACACUGUGCAGCCGGAUCAAUCUGCCCUUUUGACCUGUUUAUGUUUUUAUUUUAUUUUUAUUUUAUUUUCUGUGCCCUUUUAUAUGCCUUCAUAGAGAAAUCCUGGAAGAUAACAGGGCCCCAGUGGCCUGAUGGGUAGUUGAAUCCACAGAGCUGGCCUCUAAUGUAGUCCAUCUGAGACAGUUGGCCUUGACAGCUAAUUAAAAUUGUUGCGAUCGCAAAACUGUAGAUAUAAAGGGAUCUGGAUGUGUCUGUCCUACCAGGCCCAUAUACAAAGUUGGGUUGGCCAAUGCUAAUACCAUUUGACAUGGACAGAAGUGUGAGCGUGUGUUAUUUUAGUACCAAAGCAGCAGACUGUGUCAGAUCUUCAUCAGUCUAAACACGGGCUCGGAGCUGCAGGCAGACACACUUCAGACAUGACCAGUUUCAUUUCUACUUUGAUCAUUGCUCAGACUCAAUGUCAACUUGACUUUGUAACGUUGACUCUCGGGAUGUUUGCAAUGUUUUGGAAAGUAUACUUAAAAUAGCUGUAGAAAAGAAGUGGUCAGAUGGUUCUGGGUCUAAACCUUGCCUAAAAGAGAUUUAGGGAAGGUGACGUGUUUCUGAAGGGAUUACCAUUAAGAGAGGGUUUCCUCAUCACAAUGUGAGAUUUCAGACGCUUCCUGUUUGUUUUAUUUUUUUUAUCUAAAUAAGACCAUAGACUACUACCAGUACAUGCAAGACUUUGAAUGGGAUCACAUAGGGCUGGACUCAUGCAGGAAUGUGAAGAAUCCAAUUAACAUCCUGAUAUGUUUCUGUUACUUGGAGAAAAACACUGGAUGUGCAUUGCACUGGUAUAAAAUCAGUCCUGUGUAACAGAUAGAUAGAUGUGUAUAAAGCUUGAUAUAAUCUCAAUGAAGGGGAGGUUCAUACAGAGCAAGGCCAUUAGCAGUUAGCCACACUGAGAGCCUUAGAGGAAGUUUGGAUUCUCCAGUUUUCAAUUUCAGCCUUAGCUGACACUAAAACAAUUAAAACACGUUUUCCAGCCAGUUUAUGGUGAUGAUGAUCUCAGCAUAACGGUGAUAAGGGUAUUAUCAUAUACUUACCACACUGUGUAGAAGCAAAAACAAAAUGGCACUGAUAGCAUAACCUGGCCAAACUCUGUCAGUAGUUCUGGUGCAUAGCAUAGAGGUUGGUGUAGCGCCUGGCUAUAUCAAGGAACUGAUAGAUAUUCAUGCUCAGUGUCAGCCAACUAUCUUCAUUUAGAUCUCAGCUACUGUGGCUCUGAUGUUUCUGGCUGCUAAACAAAGUCUUUCUUGUCAAGUCUGGAGAGCCAAACCUCCUAAUUAGCCAGGCAGGCAGGCCUGCUGCCCAGUCCAGCCUCACAACUAUGCAAGAGGAAUGCAUAUAAUCUACAAUCCACUCCUUUUUUUUUUCUUCCAGUUUUUAUGUUUUGUUUUUCUUUUUCUCACUGUCACGCAGUAGAAAUGAAGACGUAAACUAAUAAGAUCUUGCAAUGACAAUACUUGGCCUUAUGAUGAUGAUUUAUGAAAUCUUAUCAUUUUAGUUUUAAGAUCUUUUUGAUUCUGGUCAGCCAGCCCAGCGGCAGCAGCGGUGACAGCGGGCUCACUCUUGGUCUCUGUGAGACUGGCUAGACGGCCCCUAGUUUUAUCGUGGUACGAAUGUUGUGCAUUUGUUUAAAAUCAGGACAGUUUGCAAUAACAGCAGUCUUACUAGUGGCCACAAAGGGGCACAAGCAGUGCUGACAGCGCCCGGCUGCAUCUUUAGAAAACCAUUGAGGAAGAAAUAUAAACUAUAGAAAUAGAUAUAUUAACUCACACAGUACAUAUUUGUAUAGGUAUCAACAAUGCAUUAUGGUGGUAUACUCUUAUGCAACACAUGUCCGGGUUCAAUUUAUGAACAUGAAGUAUAUUAUAAAAUCACACAGACUUUGUAAAUUAGAAGCUAUGUUGUUGUGUGUUUUUGCAAAAAUGGUUUUACCAUCCUCAAUGUUGAAUAUUCUGAGCGUUAUGUUCCUGUGUGGUUGUGUCUGUUAAAGUGAGCACAUAGCAGUGGGUUUUACCUUCUUCCUGUAAGCAGGGAACCAGACGUAACCCAAAACGCAGCUGGACCAGAUUUCAAAUAACAUGGAGCAUAUUUUAUAUACAUUUCAUUUGUUUCUUAAAAACUUCUGAUCUGUACGCGGUUUUACAGACUUUACAAAAGUCUCUAACUCGAUUCAAACUGCUGGAUAUCUUCAAAUAUAUUUGUUGGAAGUAUUUUGUGAGCUGGUUUAUCAACAGCAUGGACUGAGACUUGUUUUAACCAGUAUAGAAAACUUCCACCUCUAAAACGUCCCCUUAUUGUCCAUAUAUGAGAGCUUUUUAGUUGAGGACUUGGCUUAAUCUAUGUCUGUGAAACCGCUCUUAAGUAAAUUUAACAUUGAAAUGAUAUACAACUCCUGAUUUGAAACCUUUCCAGCUGUUUUUUGGUUUAAUCUGCAGGGAAAGAGUCCUCUCCAACUGAGGGGACAGAUUUUAUCAUAGAGAACAGUGUUGAUCCAUAGUUCUGGUGCGGAGAAAAGGGAGGAUACGUUACCUCCAUGUGAAACCUCUUAACUGACAGAUGGCGUACACUUGAGGGGUCAACCUGCCGAAAGUGUUGAUUUGAAUUAAUGUUGAAUGAAUGCUUCUCUUCUUUUAGUCAGUGAAUAAAAGCAUUAAAAUGUU